GUCAUCGCAAGCUGGAGAUAUACACUAAAAGUCUCUGACGUCAAAGUAAACCAAAGACAUACGAUACAAUACUAAGCUUAGGAAGAUUUUACGAGCCUUGCUCAUAAUAAACUCUGUUCACUUGAUACGAUACUGAAACCCGAUCAAUAUGGCCCCGAAAGUCCUCGUUGUCUUGACCUCUUAUGGGGAAAUCCUAGAUUCCGCCGGAAAGCCAAUUCAAAAGACCGGAUGGUACCUGCCCGAGUUUGCCCAUCCCUAUGACGUCCUCUCGCCCAAAUGCGAGAUUAUCGUUGCGUCGCCCAAGGGCGGCACAGCACCCCUUGACCCCAACUCGCUGCAGCCGUGGAUCAAAGACGACUCGUCCUCGGCCAACUUCUUCAACAACAAGAAAUCCCUCUGGGAGUACACCAGCAAGGUCUCCGACUUCCUGGGCCGCGUCGACGAGUUCGACGCCCUGUUCUACCCGGGCGGGCACGGCCCUAUGUUCGACCUCGCGACGGACAAGGACUCGAUCGCCCUGGUUAACCAGUUCUGGGCUAAGGGCAAAGUUGUCGCGGCGGUCUGCCACGGACCGGCUGCGUUUGUGAACGUCACGCUGCCGAAUGGGGAGAAUAUCAUGAAGGGCAAGGAGGUUAGCGCUUUCAGCAACGCGGAGGAGGAUUCCGUGGGGAUGUCCAAGUACAUGCCGUUCAUGUUGGAGGAUAAGAUCAAUGAGAAAGGCGCCAUCUAUCAGAAAGCUCUUCCGUGGGCGCCUUGUGUUCGCGUCGCUGGGAAGUUGAUCACCGGCCAGAACCCUAACUCGGCUAAAGGGGUGGGAGAAGCUAUCGCAACUGCUCUAGGUGUUUAGGAUGUUCAUCGGGAAUUGAAGGUAUUUAGGGGACUUAGAUCACAUAAUUCCGAGUCUCUAGCACAUUCAAGGUGGAACUGCAAUGCUAGUGACCUUGCAAUUAGUUUAAAUAGUCGAAGUCCUCUGUCUCCUUACAUUUACUCUCGUCAGAACAAACGGCAGUCUGGGACUUACGGCUGCUGAACGUUUCGAUCUUCAAGUUGACUGGCAGGAUCAUUCACUAAU